UUGCCAACUGUUUACAACUUUUCAACAUAUGACACGGCUAUCGCUACAGCCUAGAAAAGCAGAAGCUGCUAACGUACGAGUGUAUGACCGUUGUUGUGUGGUGGUUUGGUUAUGUGAAUAAAUUAACAAAUUGAACUCUAAAGUUAAAUUAAUGAUUUAACCAGCUAAAAUCAUUCUUUGAGUUAUUCUUGUUUGUGACUGUUGUAUAUCAUACUUUGAUAAUUUAGUCAGGGAUAAAACCUACAUCAAGAAAUGGAAACUACAAGGUUUGUACUUGCUGUGUUUGCGGCCUUUCUGAUUAGUUCAAGUUAUGGAAACACUUGUGUUAAACCAGAAGUUACUGCAUCUCAGUAUACUACACAAGAUGCUACAGUUUUAACCAGCAUUGCUUACGUAGCAGAAUUUAACUUGAAAUGUGCCAAUGGUGUCAAAGGUAUUCCCUUGUAUGCAGAAGUUUCUGGGAAAACCUUGCCUGCUGCAAGAAUUGGAGAUGACAAUAAAUAUCAGGUCAGUUGGACUGAAGAUGUGAAGAAGGCCAAGAGUGGAGAUUACAGCGUAAAUCUCUAUGAUGAAGAAGGAUACGGAGCUUUGAGGAAAGCAAUGAGAAGCGGUGAAGAUCUCUCCACUGUGAAGCCUCUGGUUACUAUUGUAGUAAACUACCCUGGAGCGUACCAAGGACCGUGGGUAAAUUCUGAAUUUAUGGCUGCUGUUCUCUCUGUUUUAGUUUGGUAUUUAGCUUUUUCAGCAAAGUCGAAACUUCUCUCAUAGCUCAAUAAAAUAAUUUCAUUAAAUUAAUUUAAUAGUUUUAUUUGGUUUGUUAAAAUUCUUUACUUUUGUAUUAUUUUGACUGUUGUUGAUAUUUUUGGAUUUGACAUUUUUAUACGAGUGAUAGGCUAGGUCUAUAAUUUAUUAAUAAAAUAAAUCCGAACAGAACAGUGUUUA